GAACCAACAUCGUUAUGGCGUCGCAGCACCAGCUGGUCCCAGUGUCAGUCUGACACGCCGUCGCUCUGGCUUCGGUCGCGCGCGCUUAUAACCUUGCGCCGCUCAUUCGCCGCCAAACUCGAGCCGCACCAUGCUCGCUCGUUCGAUCUAUUGCGCUGCGCUGAUUGCAGCAACGCGAGCAGCCUCCCCCCUCAAGCUGACCGUCAACAGGCAUAUCUCACCCAACUUUGUCGGCCAAACACUUCAACGCAAUGAAGCGCUUCAAGCGGGCAAGACCAUACCCAUCUUCACCGGUGGCGCCUCGGGCUACUACACUUCUGUCCAAGUAGGCGAUCAGGUCUAUACUGGCUGUUUGCUCGACAGCGGUAGCUCCGUUACUUUCGUACAUCCUUACACGCCUAGCAAGACCGCUCAGCAGACUCAGUACCAAUUCACCGAGCUCUUUGGCGAUAACACGACAGCUUCGGGCACUUUCGUCGUCGAUACGUUCUCCUUUUACGGCUCGGGCAUGACGCCCGCCAAGAUCUAUGUUGCUGGCGAAGUGAGGCCGGGUGUGACAAGCCCGAGAAAGUCAAAUGGCUUGAUUGGUCUUGGGCCACAGCUAGACCUUCAAGGACUCAUCUCAAAUCCUGCGCCUGGCUCGAAACAGAUCGCCCCCGUCCUCAGCGAGCUCGUCAAAGCUGGCACUCUUCCGGCGAACAUCAUUGGUCUCGGAUUCCACGCGUACGAUCUGAUUGACACGGAGCAGACUGUCGAUGCAGGCGCAGUCACCUUUGGCGGGUUCGAUUCUUCGGUCUUGACGAGCGAGAUCACUUGGUCAAACACUCUGCCGAUCUACCAAACAGAAAAAGGCCAGGCUCUGUGGUGGGCAGUCUCACUCGAAUUGCCAAGCUUUGGUCUACUCAAGAGCAACAAGAACCGCGCGUGGACUAUCAUAGAUAGCGGCACGACUCUAACCGUCCUGUACGAAAGCGUCUUCCACAAGUGGUUCAGUCAGAUCAAAGGCGCCGUCAUCGACAAGCAGGCUCCUAUGCCUAAGAUUCCGUUGGACAAUAUCGACUCGAUUCCUGCGCUUGACUUUACCCUAGAAGGACAAAAGUUCACCAUACCCGGCAAAGAGCUGCUGCUACCUCCAGCCUUUGUCAAAAACGCCGGUCUGGAUCCUCAUUUGUGCGCUAACUCUUCCUCGUGCUGCUAUAGUCUGACACCGCGAGGCAGCGCUUGGGCAUACAUCACUACCUCUGGCAGCGAUUCCGGUAUUCAGAUCUUCGGUGCGUACAGCUUGACGAAGCUCUAUGUCAUUCUGGACGAAGAGUCAACGACGCGACGUGUCGGCUUUGCGAGAACCAAAGCUACACCGGUUGCUUAGCGUGCGCAAGCUUCAGCAUCUUACCGCAUCAAGCACACAGAUUGCCUCU